UUCGGACGCCCUACCCGCCGCGGGCUGCCCGGGUGGCGGAGCCUGGCGCGGUGCUCCUCGGUCCCGGCACGUGGUCGGCGAGGCAGCGAGACCCGGGUCGUGCCCUCGCUGUUCCGAGCUCCACCUUCUCGUCAGACGUUACCCUCCCGGCCCGGGAUGGCUCCCCGCGGUAGAAAGCGCGGGGCGCAGCAGUCGGCGGCGGCCGAGGCAUCGGAGCAGGCGGGGUCCCCGCGGAAGCGGGCUCGUCCCGAGGGCGAGAGCAGUGCGGGGGACACUGGCCCCCGCAUCGUCAUCGAGCAUUGUAAGAGCUGACGGGUGUACGGGCGGAACGCGGCGGCGCUGAGCGAGGCCCUGCGCCGAGCCGCGGCGCACCUCCCCGUGGAGAUCAACCCCCGGCAGCCGCGCAGGAACAGCUUCGAGGUGUCCCUGGUGAAGGAGGACGGCAGCACCGUGGAGCUGUGGAGCGGCAUUGGGAAGGGUCCCCCUCGUAAACUGAAGUUUCCUCAGCCGGAGGCUGUGGUGGAAGCUCUGAAGAGCAGCUUGGCAUAGAAGGGGCAGCCAGCCAGGGCUGUCACCCGUGGCAUGAGCGUCUAUGAAGAGAUGAGAUGAAGUGGGGGGCACCUGCCAGCCUCAGUCCCGUCUCUGAUGCUGUAGCUCUACCAUGAGCAGCCACUGCUGGACCCCCUGGCUCCCCUUCAUCCUCCCUGCCAUUCCCCAAUAAAGUUAAGCAGCCCCACA